AUGUCCGCCUCUUGGCCCGCCCAGGACGGCGCCGGCAGCGACGAAGAUCGCCGCCGCCGCUCCGACUCGACGUCGCCCCUGUCCGGCUCGUCCGACGAGUCCACGCCCAGCGGCAGCCAGAGCGCCACCACCACCACCACCACCAGCGCCAGCGCCGCGUACCCGCCGCCGCCGCCCUCGCCGUCCGUCGAGCAGCCGCUCCUCCCCGCCGCCGACCGCCCCCCGCAGCGCUCGCUCUCCUCCGGCGCGUUCGUCUCGUCCCCGCUCAACCCGAACCACCCCGCCUCCCCUCCGCCCCCGCCCCAGCCGCGCUCCCGCCCCGUCUCGCGCGCGGGCAGCAUGCUCUUCACCCGCAUCGCGAGCGAGGACUCGCAGGUCCUCACCGGCCAGCGCGGGUCCAUGCUGCUCUACCGCCUCGCGAGCGACGACGACAACGGCGAGCUGCUCCCCCCGCCACGCGCCCUCGCCGGCGGCAGCAACCGCGACUCGGUCAUCUCCAGCUCCGGCGACUCCGUCUUCUCCAUCUCCUCCGACUCCAAGUACCCCUCCGGCUCGCUCACCCACCCGCGCGGGCUCAUCCC